GUGACAGUCGAUGUUUUAUAAACAUCGACUGUAUAUAGAGAUAGAAAUUGUAAGAUUUGUAAGAGUGAGGUUAUAUUUUGAGGUUAAAAUUCGGCGUUUGUUUAUUAUUAAUAUUGUGGAUUAAUAGACUAUUUUAUAAUUAUUAUUCACUUAUACAUAAAUCAUAAUCAGCACGCCCAUAUUGGCUCCAUUUAUCUCCGUCCAGUAAAUUACUGAAUUUUCUCAGGAAACAGUGCAUGAAUUGGAAAAAUGGUGAAACUACUUUUAUCUGCACUUCGAAUGACAUUUGCAGUACCUUCCAGAAAUGUGUUUUGCAUCACAAACUCUGCAUAUUGUAGAAAUCUUACUGCUUUAUCAAAAAAUAAAUGUUUUAUUUCUCACAAAUCUCCUAUAGGCCUACUUGAAACAAGUAGCGCUUCAACAACAAAAUUCCUUUCAUUUUCACUGCGGCUCAACCAUACUGAAUCCGACUCUGUCACUCCAAAUGAAUACGAGGUAAUCUGCAAUGAAACACUGGACUCUUUGUCCAUGUACUUUGAGGAGCUGUUGGAAAAUCUUCCGCAGUUGAAAGGCUCUGACGUAGUGUUUGGUGACGGAGUGCUGACAGUGCAAUUCGGAGAGCAGCAUGGCACCUACGUCAUCAACCGUCAGAGUCCCAACCUGCAGAUCUGGCUGAGUUCCCCCUCAAGUGGCCCCAAGCGCUAUGACUACCUCCCCUCCCGACAGUCCUGGAUCUACAAACACGACAACAAGUCGCUGCACCAGUUACUACAGGAAGAGAUCACCGAAAUAGUUGGUGAGGAUGUUGUCAACUUCUAUGGUUGUGCGUAUUCCGGAAGUGAUUCUAGUCAAUGAUUUUAGAAAAUGUUUGGGACUAUUUUAGAAAUCUCAGUUUAAAUUUGAUUGUGAGAAUUAGCUGACUUGAUUGAGCGUACCAGCUGGUUGUCUUAAUAGGGUCGCAGGUUUGUCGUGAAAAUUGGGUGUAUUAAUUGGCGAUGUAACUAAUUAAUGUCAGAGCUAGGACCAGGCCAUAUUAAGCCUUUUUCAAUCAGCCAUAGGAGAGCUUCCUGUCCUGCUAAAUCUGAAAACACCGCCUGAAAAAACACAUAAUAUUGUCUGGUCCUUAUAACCAACUAUAACCAAUCACAUAUUCAGAGCCAUAUUUACAAUCAAUUUUAACGCUGAUCUGAACAAUUUGAUCUAACCAUUCCCGUUUAACCCCACCAGCUGUUCCGUUCCAGUUUUAACUUACAAUGUGCAAAUGGCAAUUAGAGAGGCCAGUUAGAAUUGCAUCUUUUAAAUAAGGUUUCCAAUAAUGUACCAGCUCUUGGUAUGCGAUCGCACAUAUUUGUGAUUAGGUUUCUAAUCAAAUUAAUGUGUCUAUCUGGUGAAAACUGAGGUAUGUUUAUCCUCCUGUAGAAUAUUUCAAUCAUUUUUUCUAAACAACCUACAAAUAAGAUUGGAUAGCAAUUAUGGAUGAAUUAUGAUUGUUUCAUAAGCUAUAGGUUUCAUGAGGUCUCAUAUGUUGCAACUCCGCUUAUCUUGCACAAUGUGAUCGAUAACAUGAUGAUAACUCGAUGCUUAUUUUUAUUCAACAGAAUACAUAUUUCGCCAACCUUUUAAAAAUAUGCAGAUGAAGCAGAUCCCUUAGGGCCCCAUUACACAGUCAAAUGAUCAUAUUAUGAUUUGUGAAAUCAUGGAAUAGGUCAUAAUAUCUUCUAUCAAAUAUUUGAAAGUGUAGAAAGGGCGUAAUGGGGAAUCAAAUCCUUGAUAAAAGUUUGUCAAAUAUAUGAUAGGGAAUUUUCCACUAUGAAAAUUACCAUGAGUCUUCAAGUACACUCACAAGCAAAAGUCGAUCAAAAGCCAAACCUCAUCAUUUUAAGAUAAAGUUCGAAAUUGUAAAAAUCUUAUUCUUGUGCAACAGAGUCAUUAAACAGUGUAAUCUAUAUUUGUUACCAUAUACCUAAGUAAUAUUUUAUACCCAAAAUUGAAUGUAAUUUAUAUAAUUACUAGAAAUUUGGUUUGUUAUGUAAAUAUAAGUAUGCUUUAGUAGUAGUCAAAAACAGAAAAUAUUAGGCUAUAAAAAUUGUUGAAAUCUCCAUUAAACCGUUCUAAAAACUUCUGUAGUGUCAUAUGUACUCUUAUAAUUGAAUAAAGUAAAUUCUUACGAAUGUA